AUGAUUCAAAUAUCAUCCUGUAUUGUAGCAGAUGGUUUUGAGACGAAUAUAAGAGAAAAUUUAUCAGAAACAACGACAAUGAUAUAUUCAGAAUUAAAACCAAUUGAUUUAAAUAUUAUACCAAAAGAAGAAAUCAAUCGUCCUGUUAGUGUACAAGAUGCUGAAUUAUUACUUUCAAUAAGUUCUGCACAACCUUCAAAACCAAGAAAACUUCAUCCAAAAUUUCGACCAUAUGUUAGUGAAUCAAUUGAUACACCUAUUUCAACAUUAUCAAAUCGAUCAGAUUCAAUAUCAUCAUCUUUAUCUGAUGAAUAUUCAUCAGAUCCAUCAUCAACACCAUGCGCAUCUCCAUAUUUAUCAUCAAAUGAUGAUAGUCAAACAUCUUUAAUUCAAAACAAUAAUAUUAAUAAUAAUAAUGAUAAUAAUCACGACUAUCAUAUUCUCUAUGUUAAUCUCAAUGGUGAAUAUAUUCCUGUAGCUAAAACUUCAUUUGCCAUUCCAUCAUCAGAUUUUCAUAUACCAACAUGCAAAUCUACAUUAACAUUUGAUCGAAAAAGAAAUCAUAUCUGUAUAUAUCCUGGUUGUCAAAAAUCAUAUUUUAAAUCAUCUCAUUUAAAAGCUCAUGUUCGAAUACAUACUGGUGAAAAACCAUUUUCAUGUUCGUGGUCAAAUUGUGAUAAAACAUUUGCACGAUCAGAUGAAUUAAGUCGACAUCGACGAACUCAUACUGGUGAAAAGAAACAUAUUUGUCCUGUAUGUCAAAAAGCCUUUAUGCGUAGUGAUCAUUUAUCGAAACAUCAAAAACUUCAUACAAGAAUCAAGAUGACCUGUUGA